ACCAGAGCGGGUGUCUGCAUAGUUUGACGAGAGGGGGGGAUUAUCUUGCACCGCCCCCAGCACGUGUGUGACUCCUUCCCCCUCUCUCCAUGCAGCCUGCCCUCGGACAAGGACCUAAUGCCCAACCCCAGGCCAGUCAAGCCCCCGGCCCCUUCCUUGGCCCUCGGUCCAUCCCCAGGAGCCUCACCCAGCUGGAGGGCUGUGCCCAAGGCCACAGACCUGCUGGGGGCCAGGGGGCCAGGAGGAACCUUCCAGGGCCGGGACCUCCGAGGCGGGGCCCAUACCUCCUCCUCCUCCUCCUCCUUGAACCCUGUGCCACCAUCGCAGCUGCAGCUGCCCACAGUGCCCCUAGUCAUGGUGGCACCUUCCGGGGCACGGCUUGGCCCCUCACCCCACUUGCAGGCACUCCUCCAGGACCGACCACACUUCAUGCACCAGCUCUCAACAGUGGAUGCCCACGCCCGGACCCCUGUGCUGCAGGUGCACCCACUGGACAGCCCAGCCAUGAUCAGCCUCCCACCACCCACCACCACCACUGGGGUCUUCUCCCUCAAGGCCCGGCCUGGCCUGCCACCUGGGAUCAACGUGGCCAGCCUGGAGUGGGUGUCCAAGGAGCCAGCACUGCUCUGCACCUUCCCAAGCCCUGGUGCACCCAGGAAGGACAGCGCUCUUUCAGCUGUGCCCCAGAGCUCCUACCCACUGCUGGCAAAUGGCGUCUGCAAGUGGCCUGGAUGCGAAAAGGUCUUUGAGGAGCCAGAGGAAUUCCUCAAGCACUGCCAGGCGGACCAUCUCCUAGAUGAGAAGGGCAGGGCACAGUGUCUCCUCCAGAAAGAAGUGGUACAGUCUCUGGAGCAGCAGCUGGUGCUGGAGAAAGAGAAGCUGGGUGCUAUGCAGGCCCACCUGGCCGGGAAAAUGGCCCUGACCAAGGCGCCAUCUGCAGUGAGCAACCUUGAGCAGACAUCAUCCGACAAGAGCUCCUGCUGUAUUGUAGCGACUGGCACCCAGGGCACUGUCGUCCCAACCUGGCCCGGCCCCCGCGAGAACCCCGACAGCCUCUUUGCUGUGCGGAGGCACCUGUGGGGCAGCCAUGGAAAUAGCACAUUCCCAGAGUUCUUCCACAACAUGGACUACUUCAAGUUCCACAACAUGCGGCCCCCUUUCACCUAUGCCACCCUCAUCCGCUGGGCCAUCCUGGAGGCUCCCGAGAAGCAGCGGACACUCAACGAGAUCUACCACUGGUUCACACGCAUGUUCGCCUUCUUCAGAAACCACCCUGCCACUUGGAAGAACGCCAUCCGCCACAACCUGAGCCUGCACAAGUGCUUCGUGAGAGUGGAGAGCGAGAAGGGAGCUGUGUGGACCGUGGAUGAGUUCGAGUUCCGCAAGAAAAGGAGCCAGAGGCCCAGCAGGUGUUCCAACCCUACACCCGGCCCUUGAGUUCAAGACCAAGGAAAGAAGGAAGGACAGGGGCCAAGAUGGGGGCAGAGGUGGCAGGUGGCAGGGGUGACAGGCCCUGGACGUGCCCAUAGGGAGGAAGUGAGGUGUCCACUGUCUUGCUUUCCAGAGCCCCUGCUUCCCAGCCGGCAGCCCUCCUGGGUCAUAUCCUCUGUCCCCAGGCUGCUCAGAGGGGGCCCAGUCCCGGCCCCAGCCCCCACCUCCACCCUGCCCCACCCCACCCCUGAGAUGGGCCCACCAGCCAAACGGAGCCUUCACAACCAGCCACACACAGCCUGCCUCAGCCACUCUCACAGAUGACCUCAGGGCUGGAAAAGUCACACAGACACAGAUUGUCACAAUCCUGGCCCCUGGAUUCUAACACAAACUCAAAACACAAAGAUCCUGCCUCAGCACAUUCAAAUGACCUCAAAGCUGCAGUCACAUAAACAAGCACACAUGAGCACAAUCCUAUCAACUCACAUACCCCAAAGCACGAGCCCACAGCCAGCCUCGGGGCCCACGGGGGCAGUAUCACGCAGGGGUGUGCCUAGACACCAGCGCAGAAGCAGCAUCAGUACCCCCAGGACCUCAGGUCCCAGAAAGCCACACAGACACAUAAUCGUUCAUGCUCGGUAUCGUGAAGCCCCCGACACAUGCUCGGUCACACACACAGCCCGUUAGCAUUCACCUGCAUCUCUCACACGCGUGCACACACGUGCACACGCACAGCUCCCCAGUGGGUCUCCCGAGUCCCAUGAAGACACAACCAAAACAUACCCCUUGUCUCUCCUGCCACCCACCCAACUCCCCUGCCCUGAGCCCCGAUCCAUGCCUCAGCUUUGACUGCAGAAGAGAUCCUUGUUUAUUUGACAUCCAAGGCCCCCAAUCCCCAGUACCCUCCCCAAUAAACUGCAGCCGA